AUGGAACAAAAAGUAAUUGCAUUAAGCGUUGUUGAAGCAUCUAUCGACGGUAACCAAACAGAUAACAGGUGUGCUGGUGUUCAUAAACAUGUGGGUAGUUAUGAUACAUAUAUUCUUCAUCCACCGAUUAUCAUUGAGAACUUUGAACAAAUAUUGAAUGAAACCGAUAUCGAUAUUGGUGGAGUACUAGGUGGUGAAAAUCGAAUUUUGUAUGAAAUGAAUAGAAUAUUGAAUUUAACUGCAUAUAAUCCAUGUAUAAUAAUCAAAGCUUACCAUUUACAUACAAGUAAUGUUCGGACUUAUAAUGCCAAUAUAAGAAUUAAUCACAAUGGAAAAUCGUUGCAACCACCGCCAAUUGAUUAUCUACCAUGA